AUGCAAACGAUUCCUUACGGAAGUACUUUAAAUCAGAUCAUCGAAUUCUUUGGGCAGGAACCGAUGGGCAAGGAUCCGCUGUUCGUCUACAUUCACGGCGGAUACUGGCAGGUGGGAUCGCCACGUUUACCCAUCGGCUUCAUUAACAACCUGAUUUCAAAGAAAAUGGCAGUGGCAUGCAUCAGUUAUGACCUGGCUCCAGAGGUGUCUAUGGCGGCCAUCGUCCAUCAGGUUACCACCGCUGUCAGAUUCAUAAACGAGCAUUGUGAGAAGAAUUCCGCCAAAAGUUUUUAUUUGUGUGGUCAUUCCGCUGGAGCUCAUCUUUGUUGUAUGGUCUUGCUUAACUGUACAGAUGCUCAUGUGCGUUGUUUGGAAGGGCUCAUUUUACUCAGUGGUAUAUACAGUCUGUCUCCUAUUUGUGGCACUUACAUUGCGGAGCCUCUUCAAAAGUUGUUUGGAAAAGAGCUGCAUAUAGCCGUUGGCGAAUUCGAAAGCAACACAUUCAAGCAGAACAGCAAAGAUUUCUACUUGAAGGUUCAGAAACAGUCCCAUGACGUACAUGCUAAGUUUUCUGUGCUACCUGGCGUAGAUCACUUCACGUUAAUCGAAACGCUUGAUGAUUUGGCCUCAAGUUCUACGAAGUAUAUCCAUAACUGCAUUAAUUGCAGUAAAGUGCAGCCUUUGGAUACGCAGGCAUUUCCAUAA